GCGGAAGUGCUGAGGCUGGGCCGGAGGACCGUCGAGGAAGCGGCGGUCUCUGGGUUUAGUAGAGGGGCCAGGAUCUGUCGCCGUCGCUGCCGCCGCCUCUGCAGCCCUUAUCGCGCCCUACCUGGAGCAGACCCGGUUGCGGCAAGAUGCCUUUGUUUACGCCUAAUCCCUUUGAGCAGGAUGUUGAAAAGGCAACAAAUGAAUAUAACACCAGUGAAGACUGGGGACUUAUUAUGGAUAUAUGUGACAAAGUUGGCAGUACUCCUAAUGGAGCAAAAGAUUGUCUGAAAGCCAUAAUGAAAAGGGUAAAUCAUAAAGUUCCUCAUGUUGCUUUGCAAGCACUUACUCUUCUUGGAGCCUGUGUAUCAAAUUGUGGAAAGAUAUUUCAUUUAGAAGUAUGUUCUCGUGAUUUUGCAACUGAAGUACGAGGAGUGAUAAAAAAUAAGGCUCACCCAAAAGUAUGUGAGAAGCUGAAAUCUCUAAUGGUGGAGUGGUCAGAAGAAUUCCAGAAAGAUCCACAGUUUAGCCUGAUAUCUGCAACUAUUAAAUCCAUGAAAGAAGAAGGAAUUACUUUUCCUUCAGCAGGAUUGCUGACACUUUCAAAUGCUGCCAAGAAUGGUACAUCAUCCAACAAAAGCAAAGAAGAUGAAGAUAUAGCUAAAGCUAUUGAAUUAUCUUUGCAAGAGCAGAAGCAACAGCACACAGAAACGAAAUCCUUAUAUCCAUCUGCAGAAAUUCAGUUGAAUAAUCAUAAGAUUUCUAAAAAAGUCAGAGCCUUGUAUGAUUUUGAAGCAGUUGAGGACAAUGAACUCACCUUUAAAAGUGGUGAAAUUAUUAUUGUUUUGGAUGACAGUGAUGCCAAUUGGUGGAAAGGAGAAAAUCAUAGGGGAGUAGGACUUUUUCCAUCAAAUUUUGUAUCACCUAAUUUAAACAUAGACUCUGAGAUAGCGGCUGUGGACAGAACAAAUGUAAUUGAUGAUGCUGUGGAAGAAAUUAGAAAAUCAGAGCCUGAACCAGUUCAUAUAGAUGAGGAUAAGAUGGAUAAAGCACUGCAGAUACUCCAGAGUAUAGAUCCUACAGAUUCAAAGCCAGAUUCCCAAGAUCUGCUGGACUUAGAAGAUGUCUGUCAACAGAUGGGCCCUAUGAUAGAUGAAAAACUUGAAGAGAUUGAUAGGAAACAUUCAGAAUUAUCUGAAUUGAAUGUGAAAGUCCUAGAAGCUUUGGAACUAUACAACAAGUUGGUGAAUGAAGCACCUGUGUAUUCGGUCUACUCAAAGCUCCAUCCUCCAGCACAUUAUCCACCUACAUCGGCUGGUGUCCCAGUGCAAGCAUAUCCUGGCCAACACCAUGGUGGAAACUACAUGGUUCAGGGCAUUCAUCAAGUCACCAUUCCCCAAGGAUAUAGUCUGGGGCCAGAUCACAUUGGCCCUCUGAGAUCUCUGCCUCCAAAUAUAAAUUCCUCAGUAACAACACAGCCUGCUCACACUCCAUAUUUAAGUACUGGAGUAGAUACAGUUUCCAAUCCCACGUAUAUGAACCAGAACUCUAACCUUCAAUCAGCUGCUCUUCCAGCUUCUUACACACAGCAGAUGGGAAUGUCUGUGGAUAUGUCAUCUUAUCAGAACACUACAUCCAGUUUGCCUCAAGUAGCAGGCUUGCCUGUGACAGUUCCAGCUCAUUCAGUUGCACAACAGCAAACAAAUUAUCAUCAGCAACCUCUCCUUUAAAAAACAGACCAGGCAUAGUCUUGAAAACAUUCAUAAGUAUAUUGCUCAGCCCUUGUGAUUUGAGUCAUCUAAGAAUGACAUAAAAAUACAACCAUUUUUCUCUCAACUCAGAAGGACCACGAGUAAAGCACAAAAAUCUCGCUUACCUCCCCAACCCCUUGACAUGAAGCAAUUUUUGAAGUAAUUAGUUAUGUUAGACUGUUUUUUCAGAGAUGGCUUUAAGAUAAUUUGAGUUAGUUUACUCUAGCUUAAAGAGUUCCAUGUAGAAAUUUUUGACAAGUACUAAGUAGCCUUUUGAACAUUAGCCAGUCUUCUUUUUUUUUUUUUAAAGCAUUGUCAGUCUUUGAUGUGCUUUAAAAAAAAUAGUUUUCCUUUCAAAAUGUACUUGGGAGGGCACUUUCAUCUAUUUAAAUAGUAUUUUGUCUGCAUAUUAUGGUUUAGCAUUUUCUACACUCUUAUUCCAAAAUUUGAACAUCUUUUCAUUUAAAGUAUCUACCUUAGCUAAUUUGCAGUUUUGUUUAUGCUACUGGAAAUUUGGCUUUGACUGUGCUACUAGCAUCAUGAUCUGUUGAAGCAAACAUGAAUUGGGAGAUGAAAAUUAUUUCACAGUAUGAGGACCAUGUAAAUAGAAAAAUGUGAAGAAACACUUGGUUCUAAAGAACAGUUCUACCAAUAGUAGGUUAAAGAGUGCCCCUAAAUCUUGUUUCUGUUUGCUAGGGAAAAGCAUUUAAUUUCCUUCUGGGGUCCAUGGAGUGGAGAAUUGUUAUAAUGGCUCUUUUUGCCCAAUAAAGCCAUUCCCUAGUGAAGACCUGACCUAAUUUUAUGCCCUCUCUACCAUACGGAUUUCUCUUGCAUGUUAAGUGCCCAUAAUUCCUUAAAAGGAGCUUGACAUGGAUUAGAAACUUUUUAAGGAGAGAAAAUCAGGCUCACUGUUAACUCUCUUAGUGUCAAGGGAUCCUAAUCAUUUGAUGUGUUGUAUGUUAAGCAUGGCAUGUGCCCUCUGUUUAAUAUGUUUUAACCUUUCAAAAUGUGGUUUAAGUAUCAUUGUUGUGUCACCCCAUUUAAAAUACUGAAUAUUACUUUUAAUUCAUCAUUCUGAACAUAUGGAGUGAUAGCAUGCAAUGGAUUGACAAACUACCAAGACAGUUUUCUGGAAACCUAAAUUUUAGGUGGUUUUAUAGUGUUCAUAGUUCCUAUAGACUAUAGGAGUUGGGUAAUGUAUUUCAAGAUUGUGGGGUUUGUUGUCCCUUCUGAAAAUUUGCACACUACUUCCUCAUUUACCAGCUUCUUCACAUGACACAAAAUAGAAAAUAUACAUAAAUAAGAUUAUGAAUAACUGAUGUUUACACUGGGGAAAAAUAAUGGUCAUAACUUUAGUAAUAAAAAUAGUUAUAUGCAUGGAAGCAGGAUUUCUACAUGUGAUUUUUACAUACAUAAUCCUUUGUACCAAAAAUUAUUUGGUGGUAAUUCACCAAAUUUUUUGUUAUUGUUUAUCUAGUUAAAGAAAUUAUUUAGUAAUGUGCUCCUUUUUCAAACUGACUACAUCCUGGAACAAAAGAGAUCAAUACUUGGUUUACAUUCAGAGGGGGGAAAAAGCAGAUUGGUAUUUGAAAGCCUACUCCAAAUCAUUGUCUUACUUUAGGUACACAUAACUGGAAAGAAAUGUUUAGUGUUUGUUGCCCCAUAUUCUGAUUUUCAUUCCAUAUUUUCUGUCUAUGUGAAGUUAAAUAUAUGUGUGUAAACAUACACACAUGUAUCCUAAAAUGGCACCUUAACUUUUUGUUAACAUUUUUUCUGUUUAAAAAAUAAACAGUUUAUUUGAAAAGCUGCUCUUCUUAAUAGUUACUAUUUGAAAACAUGGAAGAACUUACACUUUUCCAAACAAUAUUUAAUAAAAGUUAUUUUAAGAGUUUGUGUGAGUUCUUCAUGUAUGAUUGUGAUUUGGAAUAUCUGAAUAAAGCUUAAUCGAAUAUAGUCUUUGAGCCAGUAUAAAUACUACCCUAUCCAUUAAAUUUGGAUCAUUCAAGUAAGAGUUAAACUAAUGCAGUUUUGGACUAAUUUAGUUCUUUAUAACAUGUGAAAUGUAUAUAAAUAUUGUACAUGGGCAUUUGUCUGUGGGAUUUUAUACAUGUGCAGAUGUAUUUACUUCCUCUUAAAUUAAAAGUAACAAUUUUAUAUUUGGCAUACCAUUUCCUUUCUUAUGAUGUGUAGUGUGUAAUCCACUUAUCCAGAUUGUAGAUAGUGUAAAAAAAGUUAUUAUAUCUGUCUUUACAUGCUUUUUUGGUGUUUAUAGGAAUUAAUAGGGAUUUUUCCCCUUCACAAUCUUAUGUAUUGUUCUAUUUAUUUUAAGUCCUGUUCAUAAUUAAAUGUUUGCUGCCAAAGGAAUUGUCUAACUUAAGAUUUCUACAUUAAGAACAUACCUACUGUUUUAUAUCAGGAGUAAAUAAAUUGCUUCUGCUUUUUCAUAUGCAACGUUGUUACAUUAGAAAGAAUU